AUGGGUAUUAGGGAAUCGUUGUGGAUUUAUGAAGAUGGGAAUGGGAGGCUAAUGAAACCGCAUGCUCCUUAUGUUUUGACUCGUGAGAAACGACAACUUUUUUGUCAGUUUGUUAAAGGAAUCAAGUUUCCCGAUGGCUUCUGUUCAAAUUUAAAGAGCAAAGUUUCUCCAGAUGAGUCUAACAUUAUUGGGUUAAAAUCCCACGAUUGUCAUGUCAUUAUGCAGCGAGUACUAGCGGUUGGUGUCCGUAAAUUUCUACCUCGUGACACAGCAACAACUAUUACUCAGUUGUGUAAUUUUUUUCGACAGUUAUGCUCUAGAACUCUAAAUGUAAAAGAUAUGGAGGAUGCUCAAAAUAAUUUAAUUCUCUUAUUGUGCAAGAUGGAAUUGAUUUUUCCUCCAGCUUUUUUUGACAUAAUGAUACACUUGGUAUUGCAUUUGCCUGAAGAAGCGAUAUUGGGUGGCCCGGUCUUUAUGAGAUGGAUGUAUCCUUUUGAAAGGUACAUGAAAAAAUUGAAAAAUUAUGUGGGAAAUAAGGCACGUCCUGAAGGGUCAAUUGCAGAAGGUUAUGUUGCUGAUGAGGCAGUAACUUUUUGUUCAAUGUACUUUAAAGGGUGUGAAACAAGAUUUAAUCGGCUUGAUCGAAAUGAAGAUGCGCCUUCUGUUUGUCGCUAUCUCUCAGUUUUUAAUUCUCAAUCUCGUCCUUUAACUAGCGGACUUAUCAAGCCUCUUGAUCAUACCAGUCGUGAAAAAGCUGAGUGGUACAUUCUUCAAAAUUCUCCCGAAAUCCAAGCUUACUUAGAUGAACAUUUGGACAAGAUCAAGCAUGAAAAUCCUAAUGGUAAUCACGAUGCCUUGCAUAGGCAAACUUUCCGUCCGUGGUUUCACAAGAAGAUAUAUGAGCUGCACAAGCUUGGAACUUUACAAAAUGGUGAUGAGUUACUCGCUCUCGCUUCCGGGUCUGAUUACUUAGCAACAUUUUACGAAGGUUGUGUAGUGAAUGGUGUUCGGUUUAUUGCAUCAAAGCGAGACCAAAAGCGGAAGACACAAAAUAGUGGUGUUACUGUUCUUUGGAACGAAGGGUUUAAUUAUUACGGCACACUUGAAGAUGUAAUCACUAUAUCUUAUACUGGUGCAUUUACAGUGUCAUUGUUUGAAUGUAAAUGGUAUAACACUAAUCCAUUAAGAAAGAAGACAAUCACUGAAAAUAAUAUAACUAGUAUAAAUACUCGUGGACAUUGGUAUCAAGAUGAACCGUACAUCCUUGCCAACCAGGCAAAGCAAGUUUUCUAUCUUGAAGAUCCACUCAGAGGUCGCGAUUGGAAGGUUGUUGAAGAUAUUAGCCAUCGACAAAUUUGGGACAUUACUGACAACGAAGAUGAGACUGAUGUAGAUGUUGUUAGUGAUUCUAACUCUGCCAAUUUUGUGUUGACAGUUGAUCUUGGAGAGUUGAUUAUGCAAUCGAAUGAACCUCCAGUAAUUGUUGAAUCGUCCGAUCAGUUAGUAGAUUACGAGAUAGAGAAUAAUGAACGGAUGAGAAUUAUGUUGCUGAAGAAGUAG